AUGUGUCGGCAAUCAUUUUCCCGCAUUCAGGACGUCCUUGGCCAUCGUCGUGUCUUCCCGUCUGUCAUUAACACGCGCGCUAUAGCUGGGGAGAUUGAGGAUGAACUCCCCCUAGAGUUUCUAGGGUUAGAGUCGUUUUUGAAUGAGACGAAGACAUCUCAGUUCAUCCACAAGACCCUUCAGAUACCCACUCGCAGGAUCCUCAACGCCUACCUCGAAGCCAGUGGUCAGCAGAAGAAGGUCUUCUUUGACAACUGUACGUCUGGCUGGGCAAAGCGUUCAGUACAGACGCCUACCCCAGGCGGAGACAGCGACGAGCCCGGGGCUCAGGCUGCCGCCAGGCCGCCACCCAAGACACAGCCUGAUUGCUAUGUGCUUGCAACCGACACCAUAGCCUCGGCUGGAGACGUGGGCGAUCCGGAUAACGAACCAUAUACAUUCGACGAGGAGUUUCUAGCUAGUGGCCUCUUACACAAUGUCCGCCGCAUCAGUCUAGCAGAGCACAAGGCCCUCCACCGUCUACGUGCAGCAACUAUGCAAAGCUACGUCGACGGUUCGAUGCCCGAAGACUUUAUAGUGCACUUAGCCCACGUUGCCUCUAAACGAGAGACAGGGGAUGAGCAGGAAGAAACCCGCCGAGUGGAGAGCGUCCCUGGCCAGGUCUUUUACGCCCGCGCACUAACCCAAGCAUUCCACUAUAUGGUCUCCUCAGGCGUGGAAUUCGAAUAUAUGGCCACUGGCGAAACGCUCUCCUUCCUACGGGUGCGGCCUGAAGACCCGACUACUCUUUAUCACGCAUGUCUCUUCCCCCAGUAUGCCACUACUCCUACCGGGGCAGAGGAUGAUAGGCAGCUAUCGGAUGAUAAGAGGGCCCGUCUUGCUGUGUCGAUGCUCUCGUCCAUCACUCUCAUGGCCCUAGAAACGACGCCUAGCCGAGUGCGUCAGCGUGACUUUAAUCUUUCCCAGCUAACUCGUUUCCCUCAACUACCGGCUUCUAGCACGGCAGCCUCGAGCCCGGGAGGCAGCUUGGUGUCGCGUAAGCGAUAUCACCGUGACGACAGUGACCGAGAUAGCACUGAUGACGAUGACCCCGGGGAUGACGACGACGACGCACGCUCUACAUCAAGCAACAUGGACAUUCCAGCUAGAGGACGUCGCCGACGUAGCUCGCCGCUCAAGAAGCAAUGGAACGCGUCGGACGCUGAUGGCUCCCAGAGGCAUGCGGGGGUGAAGAGAAAACGAGGAGGGCAUCGACUUAAACUCACGCAGCCCCAGCCACCAGGAAAACUCGGCCUGCAGAGGUGGGACGUUAAAGGACACAAGCCAAGAAGACCGACGCUGCCUAGCCAGCGCGACCCCUCGACGUCCCGUCCUAUACGGCCCUUUUGCACCCAGGGAUGCCUACGUGGCCUUAUACACGGCGAAGAGAUGGAUGCCGGUUGUCCUAACCUCCUACUGCACAUACAAGCAGCACGGCGCGAUUCUAAGUCCUGGCGGCCGUCAAUCAAGCACGCAUUGACACCUAACGAGCUCUGCGAGCUUAUAUAG